AUGUCCAGCUCUGUAUCUUUACUACGCCGCCUGAUCCUCGAGUCGCCGCCGGGAGAAUGGGCUCUGAAUCAGCUUCGCAGCCUGCUCAUUGGCGCUCUGAGGCAGGGGCCUAUUCCUCAACAUGUCGCAUUCGAGAUGGACGGCAACCGGCGCUACGCCCGGUCGCAUCGAAUGGAGACUGUCGAGGGCCAUCACCGUGGCUUUGAGGCGCUCGCCCGGAUCAUGGAAAUCUGCUAUCGGUGCGGCGUCAAGGUCGUCACCGUCUACGCCUUCAGCGUCGAGAACUACAACCGGCCCAAGCACGAAGUCGAGGGGCUUAUGCAGCUGGCCAAGGUCAAGCUGGAGCAGCUGACCACCUACGGAGACAUCCUCGACCGCUACGGCGCGUGCGUCCGCGUCCUCGGCCAGCGAGAGAUGAUACGGGAAGAUGUCCUGCAGGUUGUCGACAAGGCCGUGGCAAGGACGAAGCACAAUAACAAGGCCGUCCUCAAUAUCUGCUUCCCGUACACAUCAAGAGCCGAAAUCACGACCGCGAUCAAGUCGACGGUCCAAGAGUUCCUGGCCCCGCCGCCGCCCAAGAACACGCCGUUCUCCCCGUCACGCAUAAGGCAGAAGAUUCUGUCCUCGCAGCUCGACGGACGGGACCCGUUGCCCACGAUUCAGGAUGAUUCGCCGGACGAUUCAACGGCCCGGGAAGGCGAUGAGCCAGAUAAGGAAGUCGAGGUCGACAUGGACGGCGGGGACUCGUCCUCGGCAACGCUGCCACCUGACUCGCCCAAGUCACGCCUGUGGUCAGGAGAGGGAUCGUACAAUGCGCCCAACCUGCCCAAUCCCGAGAGCAUCACGGUGGAGACGCUCGAGAAGCACAUGUACACCUCGCAGGACCCGCCCUUGGAGCUGUUCGUCAGGACCAGCGGCGUUGAGCGGCUUAGUGACUUUAUGCUGUGGCAAUGCCACCAGGAUACGCAUCUCUUUUUCUUGCAAUGCUACUGGCCCGACUUCGACCUGCAGCAUUUCAUCUGGGUCAUGCUGGAGUGGCAGUGGAGGCAAAAGCAAAAGGAGCGGGACGAUAAUGCGGAGCGGGCGAGGAACGGCAAGGCACGACGGCUGGUGGAAUAG